AUGUGCAACUUCACCAAGAACUAUUACAUAUACAUGUCUUGCGCUGAUCCUGGUGCUCACUUUUGCAGCACAUCAACGGAUGGAAGCCGAAAAAAUUCCUGUCCGGCUGGACCACAUGAGCGAUAUAUAGUCAUCCCCGAGAGCUGCCCUCUGUGCUCUGGAGUCGUCACUUUGGUGUCGGUCAACUCAUCACAAACUGCAAUCAUGAUGAGGCAUCGGGGCUAUAUACGCUCCGUAGCCAAUGCCGAGGCGGUCAAGAAGAUGUUCAAGCCGCUUUCUCCCUUUCCUGGGUCGACAGUCGACUACUCGACUACCUCGACCUGA